UGUCCGGGAAAUUUUAAAUAUUUAGGGGUGGUUUGAUGCUGCCCCGCCCUUCUAUUUAUACGAUACAAUUUUUGUGAUGGGUAAUGAUUUGGGUUUGUGCGAUAAAAUAGGCAAUAAACUUUCAGAAUUAGGAAAAUGGAAAGUAUGGCAGAAUGUAAUUUUAGGUCAAGUCUUAGCUUUGCUACUGUGUGCAAUAAAUACACUAUCUCAUCUCAUUAAUUCAAGUGCCAUGUUGGUCUUACCUACUGGCCAAAGUUUCCCUCAUUACAUGCUUCUGUUUGUCAUUUAUACUAGCUGGCUUGCAUUUCGUAAAGGUGAUCGAGGCUUGAUAUCAAUAUUAAAAGCACGAGGAUGGCGAUACAUACUGCUUUGCUUAAUAGAUGUGCAGGCAAAUACCCUUAUGAAUACGGCUCACCAGUUCACCACCUUAUCAAGUAUACAGUUACUCGGGUGCGUAGCAAUACCUGUAGCAUUGGCACUAAGCUGCUUAGUGCUUGGUGUUCGUUAUCGCAUGGUGCACAUAUUGGCUAUAUCUGUUUGCCUUAUGGGAAUUGGCUGCCUUGUUUGGGCUAAUACAACUGAUACAUCAUUUACCGGUAAAAAUCAAUUAGUGGGAGAUAUGUUGUGUUUAGGAGGAGCAGUUUUAUUUGCAAUUGUUACAGUUUUACAAGAAUUAGCAGUAAAGAAAACUGACGUUGUGGAAUUUUUAGGAUUGUUGGGACUAUUUGGGAGCAUUGUCAGCGGAUUACAAAUGGUAAUUUUGGAAAAACAAGAAUUACUAACCGAUUCGUGGAAACAAUAUAUAAAUAUUUUGACAACAUUUUCUAUUUCACAAUUCGUAUUUUGCAUUUUAUCAUGCAUAUUCUUACAAAAUAUGGGAACCACUGCCUUACAUUUAUCACUACUUUCUGGAAACUUCUAUACACUGGUGACUGGUACCGUACUUUUAAACUACAAGUGCCACGCGCUUUAUUUCUUAUCCUAUUUACUAACAAUGAUUGGUGUUUAUAUUUACGUAAUCAAGCCGACACCGUUUGCUGCUCAGUACUUGCCUUCCGAUUCUCAAAGAACUCGAAAUAUUUCCAGCAGGCCAGAGUGUCAAAUCAGAGAACAUCAUAUGUCCCUGAGUCCAGAUCACAAUGGUCAUAUGCUUUCCACGUUUGGGACAAUCAACAGUAUGGAUACGUUACCGAUUACCAUAAGCACAAAUACCACCUUUACAUCUUUUUAUGGUAGUCACGAUGUUCUCAACAAUAAAUUGUCUACAAGUACCGCUUAGGAUUAAAUUAAACUUUUGUACAUUGUAAAUAGGUGCAUGUAUAGCGGCGUACUAGAAGUUUGUAUACUUAAUUAUUUAUUACUGUUUUUACUAAAGGUAUUAUUAAAUUAUUGCAACCGUC